AACAAGGCCUCCAUUCCAAUGGCUUCCCACCUGAACUCCCCGGCGUUCGUCCGCUGCUCCGGCCAACUCCUCCUCGACGGAGUCGAAGAGCUCGAUGAAGAUACUGUGCGACGUCUGUAGCCAAGAGGCGGCCUCGGCGUUUUGCUGCGCCGACGAGGCUGCCCUCUGCGAAGCUUGCGACCGGCGGGUCCACCGGGCGAACAAGCUGGCCGGAAAGCACCGCCGCUUCUCCCUCUCCGCCCAGUCCCACCCCGUCUGCGAUGUCUGCCAGGAGAAGCGGGGGUUCGUGUUCUGCCAGGAGGACCGCGCGAUUCUUUGCAGGGACUGCGACGAGUCCAUCCACAGCGCCAACCAACUCACCAUGAAGCACAAUAGGUUCAUCCUCACCGGCGCACGUCUUUCCGCCGCCCCGAUAUCCUCCUCUUCCUCCACCGAGCCGGAGUCGGAGUCGACGCCGGCUAAAGAUAGUGCCAAAACCUCCGUUCCUGCGAGAGUUCGAAGUUCGGUCUUGAUUGUCGACGCUUCCUCCCCCAUCGCCACAACCAGCUGCAGGACUACCAGCAGCAGCACCGUCAGGCCGCCCGUAACUGCAUCCACGGGCGUCGCCGCCGAUUCUACAAGCAGCAUCUCCGAGUACCUAAUAAAGAUGUGCCCCGGGUGGCGCGUCGAGGACCUUCUCGUCGACGAUGCGGCCGUUUUGAUGGAGGAUUUCGCGAAGGGAACCGAGUUGCUUCCUUUCCUGGAGCCGGAUCUGGACGGCGGCGGGCAGGAAGCGGCGGCGGAGAAGUUCCCAGCGUGGGCGGCGCAGGUGCCCCAGUUCCCUCCGCCGUAUUUCUCCGCCGCGACCUCCACCGCCGGCGUCGGGCACCACCAGACGUGGCACGCGAACAAGGAGGCAAGUGUCAGCUACCAGCGGGGCGCGAAGACGGGGCCAGAACAGUUGAGCGAGGACAUAUUCAUGGUGCCACAGAUUUCCCCUGCGCCAACUCCCAUCAAGCGGACGAGACACUCGCCUUGGUACUACUGAACUGGUCGGCCAUUUAGAUCACCUUAUCUGCCCUCUGUCUAAAGAACCUCGGAAAAAGCUUUAAUUUUUCUGAAUAAUCUAGAGUAAGAACGUUUAAUGUGUUCUGAGUAUGAGUUUUCAAGUUGUUUUAUUUUCCAA